AUGGCUGUGCCAGCUUCCAAGGAUCAUGUCCAGAAAUGGACCGUCACGGAGCCAUAUCUCGACAUUCGUGGUGGCUUGCUGGAAGGCCCUUACUAUACCCCAGCCAGCAACGAGCUUCGAUUCAUCGAUCUCGACCAUGGUAAGGUCUACUUUCUCGACGUGGCUAAGGGACCCGACUCCUUGACAGCCAUCUCAGUCGAAUAUCCCAUUGGAGUAACUGCCGAUGUGGCCAACACGUCUGCGGACAACCCCAAAAUUAUCGUGGCCGCUAAGCAUGGCUUCGCAACCCUUGACCGCCAAUCCGGCGCGUUGACCUAUGUCAACCGAAUCUAUAAUGGCUCGGAGGAAUCGUAUAGAAUGCGAUUCAACGACGGCGCUGUCGAUAGUCACGGCCGUUUCUGGGCUGGCUCAUGCAAUGAUCACCGAGUUGUCAAGGUCGAAGACCAAGGAACUCUAUAUCGACUAGACUCAGAUUUCAGCGUGCAUGCCAUGGUCAAGCAGAUGAUUUGCCCAAAUGGCAUCGGGUGGAAUGGGGCCGACAACGUCAUGUAUCUGACCGACUCCCCCAGAGGGAAAAUCUAUGCUUAUGACUACGAUGCCCACACCGGCAACAUCUCCAAUCGCCGGGAUUUUUUCACCAUCGACGCCAGUAUCGGUGAGCCCGACGGCUUCGCUAUGGACGUGGAAGGCUGUCUUUGGGUCGCCGUCUGGAGAGGAAGUCGUAUUCUUCGUGUCAACCCUCAAGGUGACAUCACAGGGGAGAUCUCUUUCCCUACCAGAUUCGUAACGUGUCCCGAAUUCGUGGGCACCCAGCUGAUCGUCACUACUGCUCUGGAGAAGGAGCCAUUGUCUUACCCAGAAUCGGUAAAAUGGAGCGGUAAAGUUUAUAAACUGGAUGUCGGCGUGCAAGGCAAACCUAGAAAUCCAUUCCGCCCGCAGUUGUAA